GAGCGUGGUGGAUUAGUUGGAAACGCCAGAGAUGGGUGGCAGAGGCCGGCCGAGAAAGAAAGAUUCACUGCCUAAGGGUGGCGCUGCAACAAAAACAGUUGAUCUGAAAGAUGAUAAAGGGGAGCAAAAUAGCAUCUCAGUUGAGGAAACCCACAAAGAGCAAACUGAGGUCGUGAAGCUUGUUGCUCGCAAUCCAAACCAGAUGGGUCUCGAAAUUGAGGAAUCAGGGCGUUUGAGUCCAGAUCUAGGGGAGAAAGAAGGGGACGCUGAAGGAAUUUCGCUAGAUCUAGCAGUUUCGACGCAAGGCCAAAGGGAAAGCAGAUUCGAUGCUGGUCCCAGGGAUGGAAGAGUAGAUAAGGGGAAGAGCGAGGUCGGCCCCGAGGAAGGGAAAGGAGUGAAAGGGAAGGCUCGGUGGAGUGACCUGAUUGAGAAGGAAAAAGGGGAAUUUCAACCAUCCCUAAAGCAAAAGCCACUGUGUAGUUGGGCUUCGGUUGUGGAAAGGAAUAGGGAUAUCAGUAAAGGUUGGGAUUUUCAAUACAUAAAACCUCAAGAUCCAACUGGUGCUGUGGUUAUUACUGAGGAUGAGUGGGUUAAAGGGUCAAAGAUUUGGGAGAAUGCUCUAGUUGGGUGGAGGGAAUUCCAGGUGCUUAAGGCAUUUAUGCUGCGAAAUGGAGUCUUCUUGUUUGAUUUUGGUAAUGGAGAUGCAAAGCAGGCGGUGCUAGAGAGGCGAUGGACAUUUAAUGGGCACCCUUUGAUUUUGAAACAGUGGACUCCAGAUUUUGAUCCUGACAAUUUGGAUAUUAUGCAAAUUGCUACUAACUCAGCAAAUGUGAAGCAGAGUACACUUUCACGUCCUUCUGGAAAGCUGAUAGUGGAAAGCAAUGAGCAAAGUCCAGUGCAACUGGAAGUGGGAGCUAUGUAAGUAGCAUUAUGGGAUCAAGUUAAACCUCUAGACAUUGAAAAUGUGCCAUGGAUAAUUUCUGGAGAUUUUAAUACAACUCUAAAUUAUGGUGAAAGGGUGAAGCCUAGUGGAGUUGUUUGGGGAGAUACCUCUGAGCUCAAGGAUUUUGUCAGUAAAAUGGAGGUUUUUGAUUUGCAAUUUUCAGGUGCUUUCUUCACUUGGAGUAAUAAGCAAGGGGAAAAUGACAGGCUGUGGUGCAAGCUGGACAGGGCAAAAAAAGGUGUUCAAGCAGUUGAUAUGAAUGUGAUCCGCAAGGGCAGAGUGUUAACUACUGAAGAGUCAGAAGAGUUAUGGAGGCCAUUUACUGCUAAAGAAGUGGAGACUGCCCUAUUUUCAAUUCCUUCUAACAAGUCACCAGGGCCUGAUGGAUUCACUUCAGGGUUCUAUAGAGCAGUUUGGUCAAUAAUUAAAAAUGAUGUCACGGUUGCUGUGUUGGAUUUCUUUGACAGUGGGAAAAUCCUCAAGCAAAUUAAUGCCACCAAUAUUACUUUGUUCCGAAGAUUUUCUGUAUUGAUAAACGGACAGCCAAAAGGUUAUUUUCAAGGGCAACGAGGGCUUCAACAAGGUGAUCCAAUCUCGCCUUAUCUAUUUGUGCUAGUGAUGGAAUAUCUCACAAGGAAAUUGAAGGAGUUAGAUAUGCAGGAGAAGUUUAAAUAUCAUAGUAAGUCUCGAGUGAUGCAACUUACGCACUUGAUCUUUGUAGAUGACAUUAUGCUUUUUUGUAAGGCUGAUGAGGAGUCCACUGUUUUGAUGAUGCAAAAGUUUAAGGAGUUUGCCCAAGUCUCUGGGUUGGAAGUGAAUAGAAUGAAGAGUCAGGUUUUCUUCAGUGGUGUUAGAGAAGGGCAGAAAGUUGCUUUAAUUCAGAAGCUAGCAUGGGAUGAUGUAUGUGUGCCAAGGAAAGAAGGAGGACUAGGGAUGAAGCAAUUGCUGCGUUGGAAUAAGGUAGCAUUAGGCAAAUUGGUUUGGAAUAUAUGUCAACAUCAAGAGUCGCUAUGGGUUAAGUGGGCACAGGCGGCGCUAUUGAGAGGUGAAAAUUUUUGGAAGGUUAAAAUCCCAACGGAUUGUGCUUGGACAUGGAGGCAAGUUUUAAAACUUUGUCCUCUACUGAAAAAUAUCAUUUGGAUGCAAGUAGGAGAUGGAAGACAAGUCUCACUAUUCUAUGAUUCAUGGGCAUGUGAGUUAAGGUUCUGUGAGUUGAUCUCAAAGGAUGAGAUUGCUGUUUGGGGCCACGACCUUACAGUUAGUGAGUGGUGGGAUGGUUUAAAUUGGACCAUUCCAGAUAGUUUUGUGAGAAGACAUCCCAUGCUUGUCCAGAUUAUUAGAUGUCAAAAACUAUCUCAACAAGUGGACAAGGCUGUAUGGAAACUUGCAAAGAAUGGUUUGUUUACUAUUUCAAGUUGCUAUGAGUUCCUAAGAGUGAAACGCCCUAAGGUAGAAUGGCAUCAGAUUGUUUGGGCAGGGUGCAUUGUCCCGUGACAUAGAUUCAUCUUUUGGUUGGUAUUGCGGGGUAGACUAAAAACUAGAGAUUUAC